UGAAAUAAUAAAAAAUAAAUAAAUAAGUAUCUAUACUUGACGGUAUUUAUUCUAAAAUCGUUUCAAGUAAUAAAUAUUAUUAAGUCCUAAGACCGGUCUAGUCCAUAUCCGGUUUCCAAAAAAAUAUGGCGGACGUCGAAGGUUUUCGAGAAGAAGCAACUCGCAUUAUUCACUCUUUAUGUAGAAAUUUAAUGACGCAAGAUACAGAUGCAAAUUUGUGUGAAGCUAGUCUUAUCACUUUGACAGCAUUAAGUCGGAAUGCACGACGUAUGUGUACCCGUUAUCCCAUUUUUGAACGGUUGUGUGAGAUUAUCGACUCGUUGAUGUCGACAAUUGAAGAGCGAAAGAGGACGCUGCAGCCUCUCGUUGGUUUCUUCGCCGCAAAACAGACUACAACCAGAGGCAGACCACUUUACGUCAUUAGUCGAGAGCAGCUGGAGUAUCUAGUUGAAGCAGGCUUCAAACGAAGAGCUAUUGCUAGUCUGCUUCAGGUGUCAGAUUCUGUUAUUAAGCGCAGCCUCAGGUCAUAUGGUAUAAGCAUCAGAGGAAGGUACUCAAGCAUCUCCAACGAGGAACUUGACAAUCUGGUCCGAGAGAUAACAGAUGGCAAUCAGACACUUGGGCAACGAAUGGUUCAGGGACAUCUUCAGAGUCUAGGACAUCGGGUUCAAAGACAACGUGUUGCUGACAGUCUGAUCCGGGUUGACGAAGCAGCUGUAGCCAUGCGAUGGUGUCACUCGAUUCGGCGAAGGGUGUACAAUGUUGCUGGUCCAAACUCAUUGUGGCACAUAGAUGGAAACCACAAAUUGAUAAGAUGGGGUUUUGUCAUACACGGAGGCAUUGAUGGCUUCUCGCGGAUGUGUGUUUUCCUCCAAGCUGCAACCAACAACAAGGCUACCACGAUGACAAAAGCCUUCAUGACAGGCACCCAGUGCUAUGGUGUCCCAUCAAGAGUCCGCAGCGAUCACGGGCUGGAAAAUACCGGCGUUGGGGCGUUUAUGAUAGCGCAUCGUGGACCUCGUCGGGGUUCUUUCAUCACGGGAAGGAGCGUCCACAAUCAGCGGAUUGAACGCAUGUGGCGUGACCUGUUUGCCAGUGCAACAAACGUGUUUCACGGAUUGUUUUCACAUCUUGAGGAGUCUGGACAGUUGGAUUUGACAAAUCCAGUGCACAUGUGGUGCCUUCAUCACGUGUUUGUGCCUCGUGUCCAGCGAGCGUUAGACAUAUUCCGUGAGGGCUGGAACUGCCACAGGUUGAGCAGUGAAAGAGGUAGAACCCCCACACAGCUCUACAUUGAGGGCAUGAUGCGCCAAGCUGGACAGGGUCAUAGGGGCAUCGACGACAUGGUGUUCCGUGCUCCGGAGGAAGACAUCCAAGACCAUACUGAAUAUGGUAUUGACGAUGAGGUCGAGGUAGCCCCCCGAGAAGACAUGAUCACCAAUGUGUCAAAUGUAGACUGUCCUCUGAAUGAGCAGGACUUCACAAGACUAACACAAACUUUGAACAUUGAGAGUGACCACCAGGGUGUGGAUUGUUUCUUGGCAUGUGUUGAGUUUUGCAAUUCUGUGUAGUGACCAAGCUAUGAUUACAUGAAACUGCUUAUAUGGUGACCAGAAUCAGAUAGUGAAUUAUCGGAUGAUGAUUGUUGUGGCAACUAGUCUAGUUGCCAUAACAAUCAUCAUCCGAUAAUUCACUAUCUGAUUCUGGGUCAUAUUCUAAUAUAGUUUAGAUUAGAAUCACCUGAAACUGUUUUAUAUUCUGGAAAAUUUACUAUUUAAAGUCAAAUUGGUGUUAGUACAUGUUUUAAUGUUUUUUAAUACAUGUAUAUCUGUUAUUAUCAAAAUCUUGAUAAUUGAGACUCUCAUUAUCUCUCAAUAUUCUCAUUUGGUAUUUUAUUUGUGCUUUUCAUAACAUGUACACUUCUUUUUAUCAGACUUUUAUUAAUUAAGUUAUGUACAUGUACUCAUUUGUUAAUGUCACUUAAAGUGCCAGACAUAUACUCAUCUGAUAUCAGACUGUAAUUUAUUAAGUAAUAUACUCAUUUGGUAAUUUCAUUUGAAGUGCUAGUCAUAAACUCUUGGUAAAAUGUUAUUGUGUUAAGUGGAGGUUCAUUAUAUUGAGAUUGUUCUUUGUCAGUCUGACAGGUCAAUUUUUGCAACUGUUUAAAUGAUCUCAUGUGCUAAGAGUUAAACACUGUUAUUGUACUGUUUAUUGUGUACUCUUAACACAGUAUUACUUAUAAAUGUUCUAGUAUUUGCUCAUAAAAUGCUUCAGUAUAAUUGUUUUAAUUCUUGUGAUGUUUAUCAGACUUUAUUUUUCUUAAGGUAACUUACUCCUUUGGUAAUUC